AUGUUCACCAACACAACCUCCAUCUUGCCUGUGUCACAAACUGCCAUCAUUCAGGAUGAAAAUGGUGCUCCAAAACUGGCUAACGGUGUGCCUCUCCCAUUACUCAGAGAUGGAACAGUUAUGAUCAAGACUGUCGCAGUAGCCCUUAAUCCGAGUGACAAUAAAAUGGGCACGACCUUCCCGACUCCCGGUGCUAUAAUUGGCAUGGAUUUCUCAGGCAUCAUAGUAUCGAUACACUCCAACACUCAGACAGAACUCCGCAUUGGCGACCGCGUCUGUGGCGCGGUCCACGGCUCGAACCCCAGCGAGCCGACCAACGGCGCGUUCGCGCAGUAUAUCCGGGCGCGCCCCGAAUUGCUGUUCCACGUACCACGGGAUUUAACCAUGGAACAGGCCGCCACACUGGGGGUUGGUCUGAUGACAAACGUGCUAGCCUUGUGGGAUCCCGAAGCGCUGGGGCUCGUUGCCACUCCUGAGUCGCCCGCGGAGAAGCCAUUUCCCGUGCUAGUAUAUGGCGGGAGCACGGCGACAGGCACUAUAGCGACCCAACUCCUACGGAUGUCCGGACUAGAACCCAUCGUCACAUGUAGCCCGCGUAACUUCGAACUCGUCCAGGCCUACGGUGCCGGGAGCGCGAUAGAUUACGUACGGCCUGACGUCGCCGAGGAAAUCAAGAAGCGCACGAACGGCAAACUCAAGUACGCCUACGACUGCAUCGCUGAUUCAGUCUCGGUUCGGCAUUGCUACACUGCCAUCGGACGGACAGGUGGUAGGUAUGUCUCGCUAGAGAUCUUGCCCGAAGAGCUGCGUACACGCCGCGCAGUGCAUGCAAAAUUUGUCCUGGGUUACGAGGGGUUUGGUGAAGAUGUAGCGCUUUCGAAAGGUUAUGAAAGCUCGGCAAAUCCGGAGAAAUUUGCCCUUAUAGUGAAAUACUGCCGUAUCUUCCAAAGGUUUCUGGACGAAAACGCACUGAAGACGCAUCCGAUACAACAACUCAACGGUGGGCUGACGGGUGUUUUGCAUGGCUUGCAGUUAUUGAAAUCAGGGUCGGUCUCUGGGAAGAAGCUGGUAGCGACUUUAUGA